AUGGCGGCGCUCGGGAGGCUCCGCUCGAUGGCUUUGCGUGCCCAGAAGAACGUGAUACGGCACACUGUAUCCAUUCCAUCACUGUGUCGAGGGUCACCACGAGACGCUAGUCCAGGCUUUAGUCGUCGAUCGGUGGCGUGGCCCACGCACUUUUCGACCGUAAAGUCGCUUAACGAGGCACCAAGUGGGACUAGUGCUCCUGCCUCUUUCCACUCAAUAGCUAGUGAUGUGUUUGCGCUGCAGAACCUUUUUCAAGUGUUCUCGAGUGACUCGAGCAUCGCACUGAACUUUACACAAUGCGUGAUGCGCGUGCUGAAGUGCCACGACGAGCGGAAUCGAGUGUUUGUCACGGGACUGGGCAAGUCGGGCGCAGUCGCUCAGCGUCUGGCAUCCACGCUGUCCUCGAUCUCAAUCAGCAGCCAGUGGAUUCAUGGAGGUGAAUGGGUUCAUGGCGAACUAGGAGGCCUAAAGCAUGGAGACAUGGUCAUUAUCAUGUCGCACAGCGGUCGGACGACAGAAUUGCUUUCACUGCCCGACAUGUUUCGGAAAGCUGGUUGUUCCGUAAUGGCUGUGGUAGGAGAUGGUUGCUCGCCACUGAGCCAGCAGUGUGAUUGGUCAAUCAUUGCACCAGCGGAAGACGAGACCAGCUGUCCAGUUCCAUCGAGGAGUAUCAUCGUUCAGGAAGCAAUUUGUAACGCGCUCAUCCAACACUUGAUCGAAAACAUGGGUGGAGGCGAUGAGAGCUUGAAAAGUAGCCAUCCGGGCGGCGCUAUCGGUGCUAGAUUUGCGAAUCGAACUGCUGCUGAGAGCUUGUUUGUGUCGAAAGAGACACAGGUAUGA